AUGACGCAGGGAAAGGUAGGUGGGGAUCAGGACAAAAUAAACCUUGCUUAAUUCUAAUAAUCAAGCUGGCUUGUAGACGCUUGGCAUAAUUAAGGACAAAUGCAAUUGUGGUGUUGAAUUAAUGCAACCUCACCAUCUUUGUGUGUUUGUGUACGAGAGCAAAUCAUCCAUCUGCUUGUUCUUUGCACCAAAUCCCUGUUGCGAAAGAGAAAAAGCGGUGUGGGGGGGGGGGGAUGAUGUGGGAAGAGGUUUAUCGCAUGUCACCGCAGGGCUAGUGACAGGAUUGCUGUCAAUCACCGCCACUUAUCCCCUAUCAUCUCCCCUGGGAUUUGUGUUCCUGCCAGCCUUUUAAAAGUGCUCUUGAAACCUUGCAAGAAUAAGAAAUCCUGUUCUUACUCAUUGCAGGAGGUUGAACUGAAGGAGAUUAAAUGUCAUCCAUCACACCCCCCUGGCCCUGGCCUCUCCAACCCCCCAGUAAGAAAUCAGUUGCCAUGUAAAAGCAGCAUCAGAGGGGCGUUAAAUGCAUGUUUUAGUUUUUGCUUCCUGUAGCUGCUGGCUAUGAUGUAAGCAACAAAUCUAUGGUGGUUCAAUCUUGGAUGCUGCUGCAAUCGCUUAUGUUGUGUGUUCCAUAAUUCUGGGUCUCACCUGUGCGCAAAGGGAGUUAUGUAAUAGGGCUGAGUUAUCCCAAAUGCUCCCUUGCUUGUGGAACUGGAAUGUGGCCAGCAGAGUGUUGAUGUCAUGCAAUGAGAUUCUACUCCCAUGCCUAUACUAGAGGAUACGUAUGAAAUGCUAAAUUUCUUGCACAAAGCUGGACCUAAGAAAUCUCCUUUGCAAAGGUCCCCUCCCUUUCUCUUCUGCCCCCCCUCACCUUCUAGGCACUUGCUCCCGUUGAAUUAGGUCACCUCAAUCCAGAUGGCACCACACUGACGCAACUCCUGGACAACUCCACACACCUCUGAUUCAUUUUGACGCUGCUGCUGAUUGGCUCACAUUUUUCAGCUGCCAUGUGUUGAGUUGUUAUAAUUAUAGAAAGCUUUUGUGGGGUGGCUGCAAGGCAGCUCUUGCUGCUGUGAAGCAGCCUAGGAUUCAUUAGCAUUGUCUUUAUGGAGCUGUGCUGUUGAUUGUACAGGGUUGGGGUUGGGGACGCCACAUUGAGUGUCCAGCUGCCCUAGGACCUAAAUCCUUCUGGGAUCAAUAGGGCUUAUUUUGAAUCUGUUAUCCAAGAUAGUGGUGUCAAGUGAUACUGGAUCACAGAGUGUGUUGCUUCUGUUGUUUUAAGUAUUUUUAACUGCUGUGAGACAUUAGGGAGGAUAUGUGUUUUUUCUUCAAGCCACAGAAGCAGAGGCAUAAUUCAAAAUGCUAUGGGAGCAGCAGGUUGGAUUCUCCUGCAGUCUACAGGAGGGGUGGGGAACAUUUGGCCCACCAGAUGCUGCUGAACUACAACUCCAUGAGACCCAGCCAACGUGGCCAAUGGAAAGGGAUGAUGGGAGCUGCAAGUCGGCAACAUCUGGAGGGCCACAGGUUCUCCACCUCUGCAUAGCUGUCAAGCGUCCCUUAUUUGGAGGGACAGUCCCUUAUCCCAGCACCAUGUCCCGCUGCUGUCCCUUAUUGAUGGAUGUCCCUUAAAUUUCCUGGGUUUCAAAGGAAGCAGCUCCUUUCCCACCCUCCUUGCCGGCCAGGGAGGAGGGAGGCUCCAACUGUGUUGCUUGGCUGCCCGCCCCGCCUCCUCUCACCAGCCUCAGCCCCUGGGAGCCCCUCCCCGCCGGGACUGGCAGGAGCCUCGGGCCCUUCUGCUGCCAUCCUCCUCGCGGCCGCCGAACUGAGCGUCUCUGCCUGGGGCCUCCCUCUGCCCAUCGCCGCUGCUCCUGCUCCCGCUAGGCCGUACUGUGGUUGUGCCGCCGAAGGACCCGGAUGAGAUGGGCAGCCUGGCAUGGCCUAUCAAUUACUGAGGAGCCUUGAGAGGAGAGCGAGGGCAACCAUAGAGAAAGCAGUUCAGAGAGAGGAGGAAGAGGAGGAGGCGGAGGCGGAGGCGCGGGCAGGUGUUCCAAGGGCUACAAGGGAAGGACCGCAAGCGCUUCUCCCAUAGAUUUCUAGUGGUAGACUAGCAUAGAUGGUCUGAUCUGCGGGUUUACUUCGGGCGCUAUUCCCCCCCUUCCUCCUGCCCCACCAGAUGGAAUUGUGAGCUGCAGAUGGAGCAUGAGAGAAAAGAUACAGAACUGCAGCAGCAUCUUCGUAGCUUGGACUUCGUUUUGCGCGAAAAGCGGUUGCUGCUUGUAGUUAUUUAAUUGCAGUGUUUCAUCGGCUGGUGUCUUGAGCAGCAACCUCUGGAAACGAAGGGCUAAAAACCGGCACUGCUCUCCAAAAUUAUCUGGUCCCUUUUAACUUCGUAUUUCAGCUGGUAGACUAAAAUCCCUUAUUUUUGCUGCUGGUCCCUUAUUUUCAAAUCUGUAAGUUGACAGCUAUGCACCUCUGGUCUACAGAUUGAACCUCCUAGAUGGCAAGGCUGAGCUUACAGUCUCACAAAAAAGCCAGUGGAUCAGUCUAGGGGCAUGGGUAGGCAAACUAAUGCCCGGGGGCUGGAUCCAGCCCAAUUGUCUUCUAAAUCUGGCCCUUGGACAGUUCGGGAAUCAGCAUGUUUUUACAUGAGUAGAAUGUGUCCUUUUAUUUAAAAUGCAUCUCUGGGUUAUUGUGGGGCAUAAGAAUUCAUUCAUUCCCCCCCCUUCAAAAUAUAGUCUGGCCCCCCAUAAGGUCUGAGGGACAGGGGAUCCCUGCUGAAAAAGUUUGCUGACCCCUGGUCUAGGGAAAUGGACACAUCUACAAAACAAAAUGGAAUACAACAACUGUGGGGAACCCACUGAGGCCUUCGAGAUGUCAUUGGACUACAACUUCCACCAGCCACAGCCAGGGAUGGUGGGAGUUGUUGUCCAGCAACAUCUAGAGGACCACAGCCCCUCGCUUGAUAUACAUGAGGAAACAAUGGCUUCAUGAAAAACGUAAUGAGGAACCUUUUCAUAGAAUCAUAGAGUUGGAAGAGACCACAAGGGCCAUCGAGUCCAACCCCCUGCCAAACAGGAAACACCAUCAGAGCACUCCUGACAUAUGGUUGUCAAGCCUCUGCUUAAAGACCUCCAAAGAAGGAGACUCCACCACACUCCUUGGCAGCAAAUUCCACUGUCGAACAGCUCUUACUGUCAGGAAGUUCUUCCUAAUGUUUAGGUGGAAUCUUCUUUCUUGUAGUUUGGAUCCAUUGCUCCGUGUCCGCUUCUCUGGAGCAGCAGAAAACAACCUUUCUCCCUCCUCUAUGUGACAUCCUUUUAUAUAUUUGAACAUGGCUAUCAUAUCACCCCUUAACCUCCAGGUUAACCUCCAGGCUAAACAUGCCCAGCUCCCUUAGCCGUUCCUCAUAAGGCAUCGUUUCCAGGCCUUUGACCAUUUUGGUUGCCCUCCUCUGGACACGUUCCAGUUUGUCAGUGUCCUUCUUGAACUGUGGUGCCCAGAACUGGACACAGUACUCCAGGUGAGGUCAGACCAGAGCAGAAUACAGUGGCACUAUUACUUCCCUUGAUCUAGAUGCUAUACUCCUAUUGAUGCAGCCCAGAAUUGCAUUGGUUAUUUUAGCUGCCGCGUCACACUGUUGGCUCAUGUCAAGUUUGUGGUCAACCAAGACUCCUAGAUCCUUUUCACAUGUACUGCUAUCAAGCCAGGUGUCACCCAUCUUGUAUUUGUGCCUCUCAUAUUUUUUUUGCCCAAGUGCAAUACUUUACAUUUCUCCCUGUUAAAAUUGGCUCAGUUCUCUAAUCUGUCAAGGUCGUUUUGAAGUGUGAUCCUGUCCUCUGGGGUGUUAGCCACCCCUCCCAGUUUGGUGUUAUCUGCAAAUUUGAUCAGGAUGCCCUUGAGUCCAUCAUCCAUGUCGUUGAUAAAGACUUUUGCUAUAACCCUACUAGUUCCUCUCUUGCUUCUUUAAAAGCACCACAAACCUGAGCUUCUGGGUCAAGAACUGGCUGGAUGAAGAAGAGUGGUGGGAGGCUCUGGAGGAACCCCCAUGGGAAACCGCAGAGGAGGAAGGCCAUGAACCAGGGGACGUGGUGGGACAUGGAAGUUGGGUCAGAGGAAGGAGGAGGUUGGGGUGCUGAAGAAGCAACAGGCUUGAGGGAGAGAGAAGAGCCACAGGUAGAAAGCCAUUCAAGGGCAGGGCAGGAAGCAGAGGGAAGAAAUUCAGGUUCAGGACCUGAAGCAGAGGAGGAAGGGGACAGGAGCUAUGGCAGCUUCACGGGAACUGACAGGUCCCACUGUAUUAAUCUCCCCUCCCACCCGUGUCUCCAAGGACACACAGAGCUUUGCAUGUAGCCAAACAAAGAGCACAGAGAGAAUAAGAGGUUAAGGUUGUUUGGAAGACAUACAGCUAAUGAAGAGAUUUGGGCUUGCCAAUCAGAAGGUUGGCGGUUCUAAUCCGAGUGACAGAGUGAGCUCCCAUUGCUCAGUUCCUGCUCCUGCCAACCUAGCAGUUCGAAAGCACGCAGUGCAAGUAGAUAAAUAGGUAUCACUCCGGCGGGAAGGUAAAUGGCAUUUCCGUGUGCUGCUCUGGUUCGCCAGAAGCGGCUUAGUCAUGCUGGCCACAUGACCCGGAAGCUGUACACCGGCUCCCUCGGCCAAUAAAGUGAGAUGAGCGCCGCAACCCCAGAGUCGUCCGCAACUGGACCUAAUGGUCAGAGGUACCUUUACCUUUACCUUGGGAAGGGCAGACAGGCAGUCUUGGCCACUGUGCUACUGGAGGCAAGCCGUGCCCUGUGGUGCUCUCUGGAUGUACUGUAUGCUGUUUAUCCUAGUAAAAAGCUAACUUUACUUCAGGUCUGUGAAUCUCCGUGCUGACCUGCAUAUGAACCACCUCUGGCAUUAAGGUUCCCUCUUACGACUGUUGGCUAACAUGCCAUCAUUGACAAGAGGUCUUAGGAAAAAAAUCAGUUUCCAAGACCUUACUUGGUGUAUAUGAGAAAUGAGCAUGUCCUAAAUCUGGGCGGCAGUCAAUUUAGUUUACUCAGGGUGGCAAGACUCAGCAUUUAGUUCAACCAAGGUUCACCGCAGAUCCAUUGGUUAAACAGUAUUGCCAUUCUUAUUGAGCAUGGGAAAGCUGAGAAGGUCAGACCAUUCUCUGUAUAUAUGCCCCACCUCUUCUAGGCUUAGAGGACUGGCCAUGUGUCCUCUUAAAAAAAUACUGGAACUGGAACUUGUUUUGGUUGCCUCCUCUUUGUCCCAUAUAAAACACAUGAGGGUUAUUUAUUUAUUUUUUUAAAAAUAAAAACAAAAAAUUAAUGUUCCAUUUCCUAUUUUGCUCUGCAGCUCUCCGUGAAUAACAAGCCUGCAAACUCUGAAGGGCAGCAGGCAGAUGCAGACAAAAAGGACAACACAAAUGUCCCAUCAGCUCCUCCAACAUACGAAGAGGCGACCUCAGCAGAAGGAUUGAAAUCAGGGGCAUUCCCUCCGCCUCUGAAUGUUCCUCUCCAUCCAGCUUGGGCGUAUGUGGAUCCCAGUGAGUUUGUUCUCUCUCUGACAUAUACAUAUAUUCAAAAUUUAGAAUGCAACCCUAUGAACUUAAUCAAACUUACUUUUGAGUAG